UAUGCUUCGUUGCUAUGGUUGAAAUAAGGCCUUAGCGUAGUUAUUCAUGUUUAAACAUUAUUAAGUUAAAUUUAGCGAAUUUGUUUGUGAUGAUAUGCAGGUUGUCUUAAAACUAUAUACAUAUUUUUAAGGCAUGUUCAUGGUGUCCCAGUUGUGAGUUUAUGGAUAUACAUGUAUGUUGAAUCACACCUUGCUUUAUAAUUCUUUCAAAUGAUUGUUGCCCAACAACCAGUUAAUUUAGCACCUCCAUCACCAGGUACAGUGUCUGGGAUGAAUCGCUAUGUUACACUUAGUCAACUGGGUGAUGGUACUUACGGAAGUGUUGUCUUAGGUCAGCGACUAGACACUGGAGAGAAGGUUGCUAUUAAAAGGAUGAAAAAGAAAUUUUACACUUGGGAAGAAUGUAUGAACCUAAGAGAGGUGAAGUCUUUGCAGAAGCUGAGCCAUCCAAACCUAGUUAAAUUAAAGGAAGUUAUACGAGAAGAUAACACUUUGUUCUUCGUUUUUGAGUACAUGAAAGAGAAUCUGUACCAACUUAUUAAAGACAGGGAUCGACCUUACCCUGAACCUGCCAUCAGAAACAUCAUGUUCCAGAUACUACAGGGACUAUCUUUCAUGCAUAAACAUGGCUUUUUUCACCGAGAUAUCAAGCCAGAAAACCUAUUGUGUAUGGGGCCAGACCUGGUGAAGAUUGCAGAUUUUGGAUUAGCCAGAGAGAUUCGAUCUCGCCCUCCAUAUACAGACUAUGUCUCCACUAGAUGGUACCGGGCACCAGAAGUCUUAUUAAGAUCCACCAACUACACUUCAGCAAUUGAUAUGUUUGCAGUUGGUUGUAUUAUGGCUGAACUGUACACUCUCCAACCUCUGUUCCCUGGACGUAGUGAGAUAGACCAAAUCUUCAGGAUAUGCUCAGUCCUUGGUACUCCUGAAAAGAGAGACUGGCCAGAAGGCUACCAGCUUGCAGCUGCUAUGAACUUUCGUUUCCCUCAGUUUUCAGAAAUGCCUUUAAAUAGCAUUGUUCCAAAUUGUGGUAAUGAAGGUAUUACCUUGAUGAAAGAUCUGCUUAGGUGGAAUCCCACAAAAAGACCAACAUGCAUUGUGUCCCUGAGGUAUCCCUAUUUUCAAGUUGGUCAAAAACUUGGAGGUCAGAAGCCAGCUCAGGAUUAUAAAGUGCAACCACCAACAAAAAACAAUGGCAAUAUAGAGAACAGACCUCCCAAGGGUGGUGUUCAGCAAGAAAGAAAAGUUGGAGGUCAAGCUCCGUUAGAAAACAGAGAUGGAAACAUUAGUGUUGUUGGAAGACCUAUUCCUCAGGGUCAGCCUCCUGUGCAGGCUAAAGGACCUUCACAUUUAUCAGCCAAGCAGCACUACAUGAACAAAGCUCGUUACGUUGCAGGACAAAAUACAAAAAAUGCAGCAAUUCAGGACAAUGAGAUAUCCCAAGAAAUGACUAUAAUUGGAAGAGGUUUAGGUGUUCAAAACGGUAGUGCUGUGCCUAAAGCCCCAAGUAAACAACCUCUUCAGGGAGUUCCAGAUACUGGGGCACGAAGAUCAGCAGGAAUACAGAGUCGAAUGUCUAGUGGUAGAUUUAACUACCCAGGCAAGACUGACUGGGCAGCCAAAUAUCUGAAGUAGAUAGCCACCUGGAGAGUUCAAAAGUACUUGUACAGUGUAAGAUAAAGGAAACAAUAUUCAACAGAUGUUUGCACUAAAUCAUCACAAUAAACAUUCAUAUUCACCAACAAGUUUACCAGAGGCUUUUC